UGGGAGAAAAACGGAAAACCCAUUGGAACACCAAUGCCGACGGUGACGGCCGACGCCAGGAUAGCGGCCACGGGCUCGAAGCGGGGGCAACCCGGCUCUUGUCCCAAGAAAGGAAUCUGCUCCCCGCUGCCCUCCACGGUGGCGCAUCGCCGGCGGGGCUGCACGCUGAGCCCCAACUUUUCCAGGAGCUGACGCUCUGCAGAAUUGGCCUGAUGGAGCAAAGGCACUCAGCGCAGUUCAGUACAAGAAGGAAACAAUGCGACCAGCAUGCAAACAGCACGGAUCGUACUGGAAACUUGACACAGCACCAGAGAACACACACAGGAGAGAAACCAUUAGAGUGCUGUGUGUGUGGGAACGCAUUUUCAGAUUCAUCUACUCUUAAACAACACCACAGAACACACACAGGAGAGAAACCUUUUAAGUGCAGUGUGUGUGGGAAGGCGUUUGCAAAGUCAUCAAUUCUUAAAUCACACCAGAGAACACACACAGGAGAGAAACCUUUCAAGUGCACUGUGUGUGAGAAGGCGUUUGCACUGUCAUGCAUUCUUAAAUCACACCAGAGAACACACACAGGAGAUAAACCUUACAAGUGCACUGUGUGUGAGAAGGCGUUUGCAUGGUCGUUCAUUCUUAAAUCACACCAGAGAACACACACAGGAGAGAAACCCUUCAAGUGCACUGUGUGUGAGAAGGCAUUUUCAUUGUCAUCAUAUCUUCAGACCCACCAGAGAACACACACAGGAGAUAAACCUUUCAAGUGCACUCUGUGUGGGAAGGCGUUUGCAUUGUCAUCAAAUCUUAAGAUCCACCAGAGAACACACACAGGAGAGAAACCUUUUAAGUGCACUCUGUGUGGGAAGGCGUUUGCACAGUCACCACAUCUUCAAAGACACCAGAGAACACACACAGGAGAUAAACAUUUCAAGUGCAUUGUGUGUGGGAAGGCGUUUGCACAGUCAUCACAUCUUCAAAGACACCAGCGAACACACACAGGAGAUAACCCCUUCAAGUGCAGUGUGUGUGGGAAGGCAUUUUUUUAUUCAUCUACUCUUAAACAACACCAGAGAACACACACAGGAGAGGAACCUUUUAAGUGCACUCUGUGUGGGAAGGCGUUUGCAAUGUCAUCAAAUCUUAAGACCCACCAGAAAACACACACAGGAGAGAAACCUUUUAAGUGCACUCUGUGUGGGAAGGCGUUUGCAAAGUCAUCCACUCUUCAGACCCACCAGAGAAUACACACAGGAGAUAAACCCUUCAAGUGCAGUGUGUGUGAGAAGGCGUUUUCAGAUUCAUCUGCUCUUCGACGACACCAGAAAACACACACAGGAGAGAAGCUCUUCAAGUGCAGUGUUUGUGGGAAAGCGUUUGCACAUUCAUCAAAUCUUAAAAAACACCAGAGAACACGCACGCAUCAGAAAAUCCACAAGAAGUGUAAUCUGAAAUCAGCUUGUGAAAGUCAAUGUGCUGCAAUGACCCCAUUAAAUUUCGAUUUAAAGCUUUCGUGACUGCAGGGAUUCAUCUUCUUGUUUCUUUCGGUAAAGUCACGUAGAAGGGAAGUAAUAAAAUAAUAAAAAUAAAACAUAAUAAAACAAUUCUCACGACGUUUCGGCUACAACGCAAGCAGCCGUCUUCAGGUGAAGAAUGAGACACUACCAAACUAGGAGCUUAUAUAUAAGCUGCAUUGGGGGUUGAAGAGCGCCUUAACAA